AUGAAGGCAGAAGAAACUUUCGACUUCAUCAUAGUCGGGGCAGGUGUCGCAGGCUGCGUGGUAGCGAGUCGAAUCUCACAAAGCCGUCCUGGUCUGCGCAUCCUGCUCAUUGAGGCCGGCGUCGAGAACGAUGAUCGGACAUCCGGCGCAAUGGGCUUCGUGGCAGGAUUCGGCUCGGAUAUCGAAUGGCCCCAUCGCUCGGUGCCGCAGGAGCGCGCUUUCGGGGGUGAUACGGUGUGUCUAACCUCUGGCAAGCUUGUCGGGGGAGGGUCCGGGGUGAAUUAUCAGGUGUUUACGCGCGGGCCGGCUGUUGAUUAUGACCAAUGGGCAGAUCUUGUUCGAGACCGGAGAUGGUCGUGGAAUGGUCUUUUGCCAUAUUUCAAGAGGGUCGAGACGUGGUAUCCUUCUGUGGAGAUGAAGGAGAGGGGUUGUGUCACGAUUGAUUCUCAUGGAGAUCGUGGACCGAUUAAGGUCAGCCAUGCGACAAAUAGUGGCAAGCCACGCAAUUACCCGUUGCGGGAGAAGAGCCGUAGGUUUCAUGAAUUGCUCGGUCGCAAACAGGUGGAUGAUAUGAAUAGUGGACAGCAGCUGGGGUACUCGGAGGCUUUCAGUUCCACCUAUGCGGGAUUGAGAAGCUUUGCGAGUAGCUACCCUUUGGGAGUUAACGUCACUGUCUGGACGAAUUCAACUGUGGAAAGGCUCAUCAUGACUGGGAGGACUGCGGAAGGCGCCGUUAUUGCGCGAUCAGUAGGAGAUAAGAUUGAGCGUGUGCAUGUCAGGGCUCGGAGAGAGGUGAUCCUCUCCGCAGGGCAUAUGGAUCACCCAAAAUCCUUCUUCUUAGCGGCAUCGGCCCAGCAGAAGAGUUGCAGCGACAUAACAUCACUCCAGUCGUAG